AUGAAGCCUGCUCACCAUCACGAGAGCCAUCAGCAGGAGAAUGAGCACAAGAAGAACGUGCAGAAAGGGAUAGAGCGGAUGGAACGCCAUUCUGGAACUGGCGUUCGCGGAGAUCCCAAGAAAGGGGGGGGCGGAGGGAAGCACACGUGGGGAAAUGUUGGAGCGGAGUUCGAGCCCGUUGCGGCCGCUCUGGAUAAGAACGACCCCAACUACGACCCUGAUGCCGGCGAGGAGCAGCUCCAAGAGAGGUCCGUUGAGCCGUUGGAGAUGCCCGAAUCCAAGAAGAUCGUCAUGGACUGA